AUUAUAUUAUGUAAGGGAUUUUUCAUUGGUGUCACCGGUAUGAGUUAGACGCGGAGGAAAACUUGUCGAUGUCACCGGGAACUUGUUAUGUUUCUAAUUAAAUCAUUUAAUUAGAACCGCACGAUUUCCAAGACGAGGAGCUGAACCAUAAUAGAUUGUAUUUACGGAAUUUUGCCAGUUUUUGAAGAAUCCUUCGAGAGUUGAUAUGGAAGACGUUAAUGACUUCGAGACUUGUAACCCAGCUGUUAACAAUAGGGAUUCAGUAAGAGAAGAAGACAAUGGUAAGAAACAAGGUUUAUCCAGUGAAACAUCAUCCCACAGAAAUAUCACUGAUCAUCGUUGUGAGAUUUGUGGGAAAAAAUAUUCUUCCGAACACGAAGUUUUCGCUCACAAACAAAUACACAACAGGAAAAAAUCGUUUCAGUGUGAGACUUGCGGAAAGUCUUUUAAUAAUAAUUCAAAACUUAUUAUUCACGUACGAAGUCAUACUGGAGUGAAACCAUAUCACUGUGAAAUAUGUGGAAAAUCAUUUUUCAUUAAAAGUUAUUUAACAGCACAUAAGAUUAUACACACGGGUAAAAAACCUUUUCAUUGUGAAAUAUGUGGGAAAUGUUUUAUCUCUAGCAGUUGUUUGACCAGGCAUAAAAGAAUCCAUACUGGAGAAAAGCCGUUUCGUUGUGAAGUAUGUGGGAAGAGUUUUACACAGAAUUCCCAUCUUGUAGUUCACAAGACAACACAUACAGAAGAAAAACCUUAUCCCUGUGAAAUAUGUGGGAAAUGUUUUGUUAACAGUAGUAAUUUGAAAACACACAUGAAGAUACACAACAGAGGAAAUCCGUUUCAGUGUGAUGUAUGUGGUAAGUCUUUUCACGAUAAGAGUAAUUUAACAACACAUAAAAGAAUACACAGUGGAGAGAAACCGUUUCCCUGCGAGAUAUGUGGUAAAGCUUUUACUCAGAAUUCCCAUCUUGCAAUCCAUAAGCGGAGCCAUACUGGAGAAAAGCCCUUCUACUGUGAAAUAUGUGCGAAAUCCUUUAUCUCUAACAGUGAUUUAACAAAACACCAAAGGUUACAUGCUGGAGUAAAACCCUAUCGCUGUGAAUUGUGUGGGAAAUGUUUUCGUGAUAAUAGUAAUUUAACAACUCAUAAAAGAAUUCACACGGGAGAGAACUUACAUUACUGUGAAUUUUGUGGGAAAACCUUUAUUAAUAAUUCAAAACUUGUUGUCCAUAUACGAAGUCACACUGGAGAGAAACCUUAUCACUGUGAUAUAUGUGGCAAGUCCUUUUUGGCCAGUAGUUAUAUAACAGCACAUAAAAUAAUACAUACUGGAGGCAAACCUUUCUACUGUCAAGUAUGUGGAAAAUCUUUUGCAUAUAAUAGUAAUUUAACAAGGCACAAACAAAUGCACGUUGGAGGGAAUCUGUUUUUCAACUGUGAAACAUGAGAACUGUUUCUUUCGCAAAUCUGUUGUGAGACCCAUUUUUGUUCCAACAUUUUAUGUUCAACUAGCCAUAAAUAGGUUCCACGUUAAUCUUUGGUCGUUUGACCUAUCAUGUGAGUUAGGAACAUUUGGUUGAGUAUUGCACGAGAUAAGGAUCUUGGACCCAAUCAUGUUGCAUGUAAUACAUCCUCAAACAACUUGAAUCAUCACUAGAACCUACCUUCUGCUUAUAAAUAGUUUUGUCAAAUCAUUUAUGGGCAGUGAUGUGAGAGAUUUUCCAGGAGCAUGCAUCAUGAUAUUUUCCUGCUGUUUAUAACUAAGCACUUAUAACCAACGACAGCCAGAGUUGAAUUAUCCAAAUGACAGAUGAACUAUACAACCAACAGAAUAUAUGGUGUGUUAUUUGGUCCAUUGUAUAAUUUAGCAGAGGAAUUAAGCCUUGCUGUUUGUUUCUUGUAUUAUUUCCAUGAGUUGACAUGCCGCACAUUUAUAUAGUUGUUGUGGAUCAUGCAGGCAUGGCGUGGAUUCGAUCCUCGAUCGCCAAAUUUCACUUAACAGUUCAACAGCACUUUUCUCACGGUAAAACAAUAAUUUUUCUGUGAGUGACAACAAUUACAUUUGCCAGAUGCCUUCACUAAGCAGAAUAAUGUCUUUGCCACUUGACCCUUCUAACCUCUUCCAGGCCACCAAAAUCUAGAAAUAGAGAUAACAGACCACCAACAAAAUCUAUUGUUCUCAAUAAUAUGUCUGUCCUUCUGGCUGGUUUUGGAUAGUUAUAAAAACAAGAACUCUGUAAGCCAAAGUCAAUUGGUGAGAACCGAGUCUGGCUGACCGGCUGAACAAAACGCCGUCUCUGAAGGAAAAGGUACAAAGGGACAACUAUGGUAACUCACCAACAAAGCAGUUGUUUCGUCCCAUCACUCUCACUAACUCAAUUUCUUUUCUCUGUAACAUUACCAUAUCUCUCUAUAUACCACUAUGAGAUCAUGUAUACACACACACUGGCCGAAAUUAACUCUUUUUUACCUCGCAUGCUUUUCCAUUUAUUAAUUAUACAUACCAACCCAUUGUGGUUUUGGAUAUAUACAAAGUAACAGUAAAUAAAUAUUUCUUUACAACCUCAAUUACUGUUCUUCUUCCAUUUUGCACGCUGAUAACCAACAUCUUGUGGAUGUGGUAAGGAAUCAGAGAAUUGUGUGAGGCAGUGUCUUGUGCUUUGGGUAGAAUCAGGAUGUCAUGGGUUUGUAGCUUGACUUUUACUGUCCUAACUGCCUGGUGGCAAAAAGUAAAAACAAAACGUAUGGUUGGAGUGAUUCCAGCUGAAACUGGUUUGGAUCUUCUGUGGCACAAAAUUCCCUUUUUAGGUAUUUAAGUAAGCAACUUAUAUCCAUUACAUUUGUGGUCUGCCCUUGGGCAGACAGCUGCGACAUAAGCCAUGUCUUUCAAUUUGAACUUCUUGAAAAUCAGUGUAAACUGUGAAACCGGUUAAAGCUUUAAAUAUGAUAAUAAAAAAUAUUUGAACUA